AUGACUGUGAUAUGUCGCUCCGUUCACGAGAUCAGCGAUGUUGACCACGAGAAUCGUUCAAGCGGCCUCGGUGACAAGCAGCGUUGUUCAUGGCUCCUUCUAACGCUCCAACUCCAACAAGAGAUAAGCAAUCUGCUUUCUGGCCUGUUCAAUCAGGCGCAUCGUGUUUCCAUUGGCGGCGCCUACAACAACAAUAGUCCCUACAUCGCACGGAGUACUCGUCAGACUUGCUCUCUGCUGAGCACAUCUGGGCUGCCCAACGUACAACCGAUAUGUGCCGCCGCGGGUCCGCGGCGUCCGUCAAUAUACGGAUAG